AUGGCGCUGACUUUGUCUCCGUCUACAAGGCCCUACCAGCCUGUUCUGGUGCCGUCUGCAAAUGCAGAGGCAAAAGGUGUUCCUUGGCCAGAGAUACCAGAGCGUCGAAGUUUGGCUCUGGCUGGAGUCGCGCUGGCAACGACCACCAGGCUCUCCAGGCGAGGGACUCGAGCGACAGCGAGAUCCAGGUGUCGCCUGGCUGCCAACUGGGAUGAGAUUCGCGGGGAUUUUCCUGCCUUGCAGCAGGAGGUGAAGCCGGGCAUCCGCUUGGUCUACCUGGACAAUGCAGCCACCUCCCAAAAGCCACGGCAUGUCCUGGAGGAGUUGAACCGCUUUUAUGGCAGCGACAACAGCAACGUUCACCGUGGCAUGCACACUUUGUCCAUGCGUUCCACCGAAGCCUUUGAGGGCGCUCGGAAAAAGGUGGCAGAUUUUGUGAAUGCUCCAGAUGUACAUGAGAUCAUCUUCACCAGGAACGCUACGGAGGCCAUCAACCUGGUGGCCCGGACCUGGGGUGCAGCGAACAUCGCGUCUGGAGAUGAGAUUGUGCUCACCGUCAUGGAGCAUCAUUCAAAUCUGGUGCCGUGGCAACAGUUGGCCGAAUCCACUGGUGCCACGCUGAAAUUUGGACGUCUUCGCAGCAAUGGCACCCUCGACAUAGACCACUUCGAGAGCCUCAUCACAGAGAGGACGAAGUUAGUAGGGCUUUGCCACGUCUCCAACGUACUGGGCUGUGUCAAUCCCAUUGAGCGUGUGGCCAAGAAAUGUCAGUCCGUGGAUGCCAAGCUUUUGGUGGAUGCCUGUCAGAGCGUGCCUCACAUGCCCGUCAACGUUCAAACCCUGGGAGCGGACUGGCUGGUGGCCAGCAGUCAUAAGAUGUGUGGCCCCACGGGCAUCGGUUUCCUCUGGGGACGGGCCGAGCUCUUACGCGCCUCACCGCCUUUCCUGGGCGGUGGCGAGAUGAUCGAUGAGGUGAAGCUGGAAGGUAGCACCUACAACGACAUUCCUCAUCGCUUCGAGGCGGGCACACCUGCGUUUGCAGAAGCCAUUGCACUGGGCAGCGCCUGUGAUUAUUUGCAGCGCCUGGGCAUGGACGCCAUUGCAAGACGUGAGCAUCAGCUCUCCAAGAGGCUGUGGGAUCGAGUGGCUGCACUGCCAGGGGUCACGAUGUAUGGCCCUUCACCCGAGGAGGAUCCCGACAGGGCAUCGUUGGUGUGCUUCAACGUGGAAGGUUGUCAUGCGAACGACUUGGCCACCAUUAUUGACCAGGACAGGGGCAUCGCAAUGCGCUCGGGUCACCACUGCACUCAGCCCUUGCACACUGAACUCGGUAUUGCUGCCAGUGCUCGGCUGUCCGCAUAUUUUUACAACACCGAGGAAGAGAUCGACGCCGCCGCCGACGCCCUGCGGGCUGCGAUUGAACUCAUCACUGGGCAAGGUCAGGGUGAAGCCUUAGACCCAGCAAUGGCAGCAUUGCUGGAUGUGACAUUGAGGACAUGUCUCACUGCCGUCGUGGAAUCCAACUGCGCCCGAUUUGGCUCAAGGGAAAGGCAGCUACGUCGCUACGCACUCGCCCGAGCUACACUGUUGAUCAAGAUGGGCAAGGUGCACGGCAGUUUGGCGCGAGCCGGUAAGGUGAAGAACCAGACACCCAAGGUGGCAAAGGCCGAGAAGAAGAAGAAGCUGACUGGUCGUGCCAAGAAGCGCUUUGUCUACAACCGACGUUUCGUGAGCGUGGUGAAGAGUGGCCCGAAGCGUGGCCCCAACUCCAACGCCGGAAAGCGGUGUCACAAUGGUGUCAUGGACAGUGCUGCACCAAAAAACCGCGGAGCUGAGGGCAGCACAGUAGUGGCUCAGUUUGAGGCAGCCAGCAACAGCUUCAGCGCUGCACUGGAUGUGUUGGCUGUGGGACAAAAGGGAACUCUCUUGGCUUUGGAGCUCUUGGCCCAGCGACCGCAAGGGAAAGUGCCUUGUGCAGUGUUGGACAAGGUUGGAGAGGAAGAGGUCUUGGCCGCAGUGAGACCGGCGAGACCCAACUUCAAAGUGAGAGGUUUCCACAACUAUCGUUUGGGUUUUCUGGAAGCGGAGGACUGGCUAGAUCCCUCCGUGGAAGAGACUUGGGCAGGUGCUGAAAAGUUACUUGUGGCUUCGCAAACCACCGUGAUGCCCUUGGCGAAGGCCAUAGCUGCCCGCAUGAAGGCACUGCCUGAGAAUGGAACUGUGUUGCUGGAGACUUCAUUACGAGGUGACCGAGAUCGAAAGCGUCUUCGGGCCUCGCAUUUGACCCAAGCGGUAGCGCGCGCCUAUGUGUGGCAGGUGCGGCCGGUGAACGAAUCGAUGCCAGUUCGACCAUUCCACUGCGCUGCACGCAUCCUGCAGAAAGGGCCUAAUGCCCCGUUGCUGCAGCUGGCAGUCCUUCCCUCUGGGCUUCCAGUGAUGCAGAGCGGCGAAUGA